AUGUCGUCUUCCACUCAGGUUGCCAACAAGUUACCCUGGGAUCCUAACAGUACCAAGUUCCCUUCGCGGAAAGAUCUUCCAAAGCUUCCAGAUGCACCUGAUGGCGCCGCUUGGGUCUGGGGCAAUGAUGAUGAGGUGGGCAGAUUAAAUCUCCUGACGCCGCAGCGGGUCAAGGCAUCUGCUGCUGAGAUUGAUACUGGAGAGAUGGUGCGACUGGACCUUCCUCUCACAGUACCCGAGAAGCCGGCUUUUGACCGCGAGGUCUUGCAGCAUAAUAUCAAAACGCUUGUUGAUGGCAUUGCCUAUGAUGAUACUUAUAUCAUGAACACCCAGAGCGGGACGCAGUGGGAUGGGUUCCGGCAUUUCGCCCACAUUGACAGCAAGUGCUUCUACAAUGGGACCAAAAGCAGUGACUUUGUAGGCGACACUGUAAACCUCCGCUGCAGCAUCCACCAUUGGGCAAUGCACGGAAUUGCCGGUCGAGGAAUCCUCCUUGACUACUACCACUACGCGAAAACACAUAACAAGCCCUACGACCCCUAUACAACACACAGCAUCACCCUAUCAGAGCUACAAGCAUGCGCGAUCUCACAAGGCUUAGAUCUACGCCCAAAGUCCGAAGGCGGCGACAUCCGCAUCGGAGACAUUCUACUCGUACGCUCCGGCUUCGUGGAGCGGUACUACGAGCUCAAUCCUGAGCAGAGAUAUGCAGCUGCGACACGCUCCCACGAUGACCUGUGCUUUGCGGGACUCUCGCGCGAGUCCGCUAUCCGGGACUGGCUGCAUGAUUGUUAUUUUGCGGCCGUGGCGGGCGAUUCGCCGACGUUUGAGUCGUGGCCUGUUCCUGAACAUGACUAUUUGCAUCAGAGCUUGCUGGCGCUAUGGGGGUGUCCUAUAGGGGAGAUGUGGGAUUUGGAAUUGCUCGCUGAGAAAUGUCGGGCCAGGGGGAAGUGGUCUUUCUUUAUGACUAGUGCUCCGGCCAAUAUGCCUGGUGGAGUUGGUUCCCAUGCGAAUGCCACCGCUAUUCUUUAG